CCUCAGCACCAUCUCCUUCGCAUCACUCGGGAUUUGACGACUUUAAGUGACUCCGAACAGAAGUCAACAUGAGCACCGUGUUCCGCUCUGGGUUAUCCUCCGUGUCCCUGUCCUCCACGCCUUCACUCUCAAGCUCCAAGCGGGGCAUGAGCGUCUAUGGCGGCGCAGGUGGGAGGAACGUCCGGGUGUCCUACGCCUCCAACGGCAUCGGCGCUGGCUUUGACCUGGCCGGGGCGCUCGCAGGUGUCGGGGGCGGCAGCGGCAGUUUCGCCGUGACGGGCAACGAGAAAGUGACCAUGCAGAACCUCAAUGACCGCCUGGCCAGCUACCUGGAAAAGGUGCGCUCCCUGGAGUCCGCCAAUGCGCAGCUGGAGCGUCAAAUCCGCGAGUGGUACGAGAAGCAGACCCCCAAAGUCAGGGACUACAGCAAGUAUGAGGUGAUCAUCGAAGACCUGCGCAGAAAGAUCGGUGCUGCCACAAAUGACAAUGCCAGGCUGAUGCUGCAGAUUGACAAUGCCAGGCUGGCAGCAGAGGACUUCAGAAUCAAGUUUGAGAAUGAGCUGGCGGUGCGCAUGUCAGUGGAGGUGGACAUCACCGGACUGCGCAAGGUUCUGGAUGACCUGACCACUACCCGGUCUGACCUGGAGAUGCAGGUGGAGGGCCUGAGGGAGGAGCUGGUCUACCUGAAGAAGAACCAUGCAGAGGAGAUUGCAGCCCUGCGUAGCCAAGUCUCUGCCAGCUCUGUGAACGUGGAGGUGGAUGCCAGGCCACAGGAGAACCUGUCCAUGGUCAUGGAGGAAAUCAGAAAUCAGUAUGAGGGCAUUGCUGACAAGAACCGCCGUGAUAUGGAGGCCUGGUACAAGGUCAAGUUUGAUGAGCUGAAUAAGCAGGUGACUUCCAGCACAGAGACCCUCCAGACCUCCCGAAGUGAGAUCAGCGAGCUCAAGAGGACCCUGCAGGCACUUCAGAUUGAACUGCAGUCCCAGCUCAACCUGAAAGCUGCCAUGGAGGGCCAGCUGGCAGAGACGGAGUCCCGCUACAGCCUGCAGCUGAGCCAGCUCCAGGCCAUGGUCAACGGCCUGGAGACCGAGCUCAGCCAGAUGAGGGUGGACAUCGAGAGGCAGGCCACAGAAUACCAGGUGCUGCUCGACAUCAAGACCAGGCUGGAGAUGGAGAUCGCAGAGUACAGAAGGCUGCUGGACGGAGAGGAUGUGAAGAAAACUGUUGUCACAAUUGUCAAACCUCAACCAGUAAUAACCCAGCGGAGGAAGGUGGUCAUAGAGGAGAUCGUCGAUGGAAAAGUGGUGUCCCGCACAGAAGAUGUGGACACGGAGGUCCUCAAUAAGUAGACAGACUGGAUCCCAACAGAUCUGUGUCCAAAAAAAAAGAAAAAAAAAGAAGUUAUCUUGAAGAGGCUAUCUUGUAUUUAUUCAUCUGAUGUCUGCUGAAGUUUUUUACGUGUGUAAGAAGACUGUAGCAUUGGAACGAUUAUAGAUUACAUGUUGAGCCUAAAUUACAUAUUUCUUCCUUUUAUAUCACUCUCCCCCAAAACCCACUGAAAUUAUUGACAGAUUGACAGUUUUACAGACCGCCCCCCAAACCUCAAAAUCUCCUGAAAUACCAAAUGUGCACAUUAGGUGGCACUGUGAGACUGGUUGGUUGGAAGGAAAUGCAGCUUUGAGGCCUUUCAUUCUCUGUUGGACUGACUGGAUGCAUGGAGUGAUACAAGUAUACAGGACAACAGAUAUUCUUGUCAAAUUAAAUGUUGUACUAUUACAGUUGCCAUAAAUGAAUGAGUCCAUUGUUAAGAUGAUUGGCAGUCGGCACUGUGCUUUACUUCUCUAAAUUAAGACCACAUGUCGAAUAGAUCUUCUUGUGUCCUGUUGUGAAAGGAAUCUUUGAUAUUUUUUUUACUGUCCAAAGAGAAUAAACAUCUGCCUUCCACUUGUUUCAUCUCCCUUUGCACAAAAACUAUAGAUCGGGAUGUAGAGAGGCCAUUGUGUCCAGUUCACUGUUGUUUUUCUUUUACAAUGUUAUACAUUCUUUUGUAGAAGACAAUAAAAGCUUAUAAGAUA